GUCACCAGCCAGUGACCAAGAAGACGUUUAUGAUGUCGCCUGGCCAGGGGGCGAGCCGGGUGUACGCUUUGCUGAGGCUGUGGUGGCAUGCCUUGCAAGCAAGGGAUAUUGCGUGAUCCACACCAGUUUAAGCGAUGAGGAACGGGAAGCAGCUUGGCGAAGCGCACAGGAGCAGGACAGAUAUUUUUUUCGAAUGAAGCAGGAGGUGGAGACUGGCUACAUGGGCUUCGACUCCAACAACAAGGUGGCCUGGCUAAAGGAGCGGCGGGAAGAGCAGUCAAACCCUGACGGGCUCAACUAUCCCGAGGAUGAGGAGCUCGACAACAAAGCCUUUGAUGGCAGUGAAAAGCUCUUCACAGAUCUCGCAACAGCAAUCGGGCCGCUGACUCCCACGCUGGGCGUCAGCUUCAGCUAUCUGAUGAACCCCCUCCUGCGAGUGUCCAUGACAAAGAACGAAGAAGAGGAUUACUUGCCGGAGUCCGUGCGGGACAUGAUGCAAGACCCGGAUUCAGGUUGGACGGUUCCUGUCCAGGAGUACCUUUUUUUCUCACGACGAAGAAGGCUCUCUGUGAUGCACAUCAUUGAGGCUGAAGGUGGCGAGGUGUGGUUCUACCCCAGGGAUGGCUCUUUCCUAGCCGGUGGUAAGCGGAGCAUGAGAGUGCCAGCUGCUCCAAACAAGCUUCUGAUUUUCCGCCAUGACGUCAUGGACUAUUCGUUCCAGGCCGCUGGCCGGACCUUGGCACUGCAGGCUUGGCUUAUGCAGGACAUCGGCAAGUCGCAAGCAAUUCGAGAGAUGUAUUUAAACUUGGGGCAGAUGGGAGACAAGGGUGAGGUGGUGUGCAAUCCAGGGCCAGAAGUGCCAGAUGGACCAAAGGCAAGCAUCAUGGCCCUGACCACCCGGUUGCCUGGCGAGGCAUGGUCUCCGGCCCAGUACUGGUCAAUGUUCUCUUCAGGCACGGACACGUGUUCACAGUGGCCAUACUCUCGAUGGGAGACUGAGCCGUAUUACGAGGAGGGUGCAGACUCCAUCGCCACCGGCAAGUCUUACACAUGUCACGGUGGCUUUGUCAGCCAAGAUCAGAUCACUCAGUUCGACAACGUCUUCUUUGGCAUUGAUGAAACGGAAGCUCGGUCCAUGAUUCCCGGCCAAAAGAUGUCGAUGGAGGUUGGCUACGAGUGUCUGGUGGCUGCUGGCUUCAACAAGAACAGCCUGAAAGGUCGCCGCAUGGGUCUGUGGUUUGGUGAUGUUGGACCAGACUGGCACAGCUUUCAGACAGAGUGGGCAAGGUUCUGCCCAGACAUUUGCCCCACAAUGAUGGGUCUAAGCAUGAGCUGUGCGACCACCGCUGCACGCAUCGCUCAUUCGUUCGAUAUCCGUGGACCCGUUUCCUCUUAUGACACUGCUUGCUCAGCAUCCUUGGUCGCCAUGAACGCUGCGCACCUGUGUAUGUUUGACUCUGAUCCACCAAAGCCUGACAAUGCUGAAGCGCUGAUCGUUGGUGUGAACACACUGCUGGGACCUGGUUCCUUCAUAGGCAACUGCAUGGCCACAAUGCUUUCACAUCAAGGCCGCAGCUUCACCUUCAACCGCAGCGCAGACGGCUACCAGCGAGGUGAAGGCUGCGGGAGCGUUUUCGUGAAGCUCUACCAGGGCGACAAGAGAGAUGAAGAAGAGCGUGUCUGUGCCCUCAUCGGCACCGCCACCAAUCAGGAUGGCCGCAGUGCAAGCUUGACGGCUCCAAACGGCCCUGCGCAGCAGGCAGUAAUCAAGAAGUCGAUGCGGUUUGCGGGCAUUAAUCCGAACACUGUGUCCAUAGCCGAGUGCCAUGGCACUGGGACUGCUCUUGGCGACCCAAUCGAAGUUGGUGCGCUGAUGGCCGUCAUGCACGAGCGAAAGGUGCCCAUUUUGAAGACCAGCGCCAAGAGCAACGUGGCCCACCUGGAGGCCGGCGCCGGCAUCGCGGGGUUGACGAAGUGCAUCAUGAUGAUCAACUUCGGCACGGCACCUCCAAACUGCCACUUCAACAUUAUCAACCCGCAUCUGACAAUCGAGGGCUAUCCCGUUUACUUUGACACGGAGGACAUUGAUGUGGGCCUGAGCAGUUUGUACUGUGGGGUCUCGUCUUUUGGGUUUGGCGGCACAAACUCCCGGGCAGAUGUUUAUGGCUAUGCGACAAAAGGGCAUAAGGCUGCCAUGAAGGCCAACUUGCCAACGCCAUCUCUUCCGAGGGCAUUACACAUCGGGCAAACGCUGUACAUCAGCGGUUCGUGGGACAGCUUUGGGUCUUACAAGGCCAUGGAUGGAGGGAGGUAUGGAAAGUACACCUGCACCAUUGCUGUGGGUGACAGCCUUUGCGAAGAAUUCCAGUUGUCGUGCACCCAGGACAAUUUGGAGGUGAUCCACCCUCUGAUCAAAAAGGCUGACAGUACAGAGCAAAUCGUUGGCCCCGAUUUCGCCGGAAGGGGGCUCAACUUCUUCAUCGAUGGCCGAAAGGAUGGCGUAUCACCAGGGACACUGUAUCAGAUCGACUUCAGUUGGAUGGAUGACAAGAAGACCAUCUCUUGGAUGCCGGUGGAACCUGAAGCGCUCGAGGUUCAAGAUGGACUGCCGGAGCAGCUCGAGGGGUAG